AUGCUAUACCCACUGGAUGAAAAACACACUAUGCAAGCGAAUUUCCCUAAAAAGUUGCCCGUACCCCAUUGGGAUCGGGUCCACUUGGAAUAUCCAGUGAGGAAGCAUCCGGGAACUGGGCUUUCCAGUGAAACUAUCAGCCGAAAAUGGAGAGACCAACCGGAGAUAUUGAAAGAGAUGAGGACACCAGUGGAAGAGAUCAAGAACUAUUUUCGUGAUUACAACAUUACACAACAGUUGACAAGGUCACAGACUACUGAACACUACGGCUUCAAACUGCCUGAUACUAAGCGAUUCAAUAAACAUACGUCAUGUAUGGAGAAUGAGUAUGUUUAUCCGCAGCCUAGGAGGAUAAUCGAUAGACCUCCACAAUUAUCUGCGCAUGGCACAACCGAGAUGCGAAGCCAUUACACUCCACCAGUCAUACCUCCUCGUUUGGUUACCGAUAAAGACCAAUUCAAGCUUCCUACUAGACUACCGAAGGAACCCCUUCCUCUCGAGCCAAGCUGGCGAACAGAAUUAGAACCUCUGGACACUACACAUGAAGGUUUCGAGAAGUACUUAGACCCAUACCUGACGACCAGCAGACUGCACCAUCGACCGUAUACUGCCGAUCAGCUGCAAAGACCUUCGUGUAACAAGGACGUGGUCACUUAUUAUACUUUCAAGGACAUAACUUGGACAAGAACUAGAAAACCUGAAACGGAGUGGCGACUACCAGUUCCUAGACCAAAGUCUGUGUAUGACAGAGAAAAGUUCAAGGAAGGCGUCAGAGAGAUAAGAACACAUAACAAAUUGCAAUGGGUGCCUGGAACUUUCCGAACUGAAGCGAGAGAUAACUACAUACCACCAACAUUGCAACCAGUGUCUCAAAUUCACAACUACGAAGAAGAAGCUAGAAGUUUCUACGAAAAAUCUAUAGCAGAUCUAUCGACCAACAUUCAUGAGGAAUAUAAUGCCUUCCAGAAACAAUAUUGUACGGAGAACUCCGUUGUAGGGUCGAGGAAACCUAUCUGUACUGUACUCGAUCAGUUCACUGAGAAAAAUAAGAGAUUAGAAAGGAAAAGUGUUCAUAUAGGAUAAGGUUGAGAGUGCGUAAUACAUUUGAUUAG